CAGUCCUUCUGAUCCCCGUAAAGUUUGGGGUGAAUGCAAGCUUGAUAGAAAGAAGUGUUCUUCGAAUCAACUUCAGGUCAUGCAAGGUUUCAGAUCAGAGUUUAUGCGUGCACUGCCUGCAAACUCAUCAUCUAUAGGCAUGUUUAUAGACUCGUGUUAUUCCCACUGCCAAUCAGGGGCUCAGGAGACAUGGUUAAGAAGUGAUUCUCCUGUUAUAGAUAAGAUGCCAAUUGCAAAAGCAGUUGGAGACUGGUAUUUUGGCCGGACUUCCAUGCGGAAGAUUGACUGCCCCUACCCAUGCAACCCAACACGUCACAACCGCGAAAUUGAUUAAGUAUAAAAUUAGCUACCUUGGCUUGUGCAUUGAUGUGCUAUACUGUCACUAUAUUGUUUAUCUUUCAUGUAAACCAUUCCUAAAAUCAAGUGGCACUUCUUUUGUGCUCUCUGUAGGCAUGUCUUUGGUCUUCUGUCAGCAGAAGCCAGUUUGAUUAAUUUAAAGAUCAGUUUGUUUUACUUAAA